AUGUUAUCCAGCAGCUCCAUACCUCAGCGUCGAAACCGAACUGACUAUUUACAUGCCAAUGAGUCUGAAUCUCCCGUACAGUCCCCGCGAUCGAAUAGGAAACGCCCUCGUUUAACCCCCACCAACGAGGAUGUAGAAUCGCCGGGUGAAACAUCAGGAGAUGAGGAGGAAGCAAGUGAUGAGUCUGAUGAAACUAAUGCCGACCCGGCCUCUGCGCAAAGAUCUUUUAAUCAACGCCAAACUCGAAAUUUACCAAGCGAGGAUGAAUCCGAAGAUGUGGAGGCUGAGCAGAGACAACGACCUAAGAAGGAAGGAUCGAGGUCACUUCAAAAUGCCGAAAGCUACAAGCCUGGCGCAAUUGUUCGUAUCAAAAUGACCAACUUUGUGACUUACAAGUCAGCGGAGUUUUUCCCUGGUCCAAAGUUGAACAUGGUGAUCGGCCCCAACGGAACCGGCAAGAGUACUUUAGUUUGCGCUAUCUGUCUCGGACUUGGAUGGGGACCUCAGCACCUUGGACGCGCUAAAGAUAUCGGCGAAUUCGUCAAGCAUGAACACCAGGAAGCGAAAAUCGAGAUCGAGCUGCAAGGACACCGCGGCUCCCCGAACCCAGUCAUCACCCGGACGAUACAACGUGAUGGAAACAAGAGCUCCUUCACGUUGAACGGCCAUCGGGUUACGAAAGAUGCAGUAGCGAAGCUUGCAGAAGAGUAUGCGAUCCAAGUUGACAAUCUCUGCCAAUUUCUGCCGCAAGACAAAGUUGCGGAGUUUGCUGCACUCAAGCCCGUCGAUCUCCUACGUUCUACUGAAAGAGCCGCAGGCGGAGAAGAAAUGCUCUCCCUUCAUGAUAAUCUGAACACUCUCCGCCAGAAACAAAAAGAGAUCGAGCUAAACAAUCGUGGCGAGAAAGAGAUGCUCAACAACUUGGAAGAUCGGCAAGAGAUGCAAAGAGCCGACGUUGAGAGAAUGCGACAGAGGGCCGACAUUCAAAAGAAAAUCGAGAAUCUGGAGCUUGUUCGACCCUGGGUCGAGUGGGUGGACUAUCAACGGCGUUUUCUUGAGAUCAAAGAGAGAACAAGACGUAACGAGCAGGAGUACGAUCAAUUAAAAAAAGAUCUCGAACCUGCUCUUGCGGCUGUGCAUGCAAAGGAAGCAUAUGCGGAUCGAAUAAAUCAUGCCAAAGACCUGCAGAAGCAGCAGGUAGAACGGUUCUCUAAUAUUGCACAAACAUGCGGCAACAAGAUUGAGAACUUGGAUCAGUCAUUCAAAGACCUCGAAAAUCAGGUUGAGGCUGAAAAGAAGUCCCUUACCAAGACCAGAACAGAUGCUACCCAGGUGAAACAGACAAUUAACAAGCUUAAACGUCAGCAAGAGGAAGAGGUCGUGGAAUUUGACCCCGAUCAGUACAACGAAAAAUCGAAAGAACUUAGGCUCCAGGUGCGAGAGCUUGAGACGAAAGCCGAAGCAAUAAAUUCCGGCAAGCGCAUCCUGGCCAGUGACUUCCAAGACGUGACGAAGCGUAUCAGGGAAGAAGAAGAGCAGUUGAAAAAUCUCGACUCGCAAAUUGGUCAACGGGAGAAUAAACUGUCAAACCUCUCGUCAGACUCAUUGAAAGCGUAUCGAUGGCUCCGAGACAACCAGGACAAGUUCGAGAAGGAAGUUUUUGGUCCGCCGAUUGUCACUUGCUCUGUCGUUGAUUCCCAGUAUGCGCCAGCCAUUGAAAGUUUGCUGAAUCGCACCGAUCUUACGGCAUUCACUACGCAAAGCAGAAAUGACUUUCGAACCCUCCAAAGAAUCUUGGAUCGUGACCUGAAACUUUCGGACAUCAGCAUCAAGACAUGCUCGUCGACCAAUAUUCUAACGGUCGCACCCCCACUGUCAAAUGACAACAUUCGGAGGCUUGGGCUUGAUAAGUGGGCCAAAGACCUCAUUCAAGGGCCUGACACUGUGAUCGCCAUGCUUUGCAACGAGUACGCUUUCCACAGGACACCCAUCGGUCUACGCGACAUAUCAGACGAAGCAUUUAAUGAGCUAGAAGGGAACAAAGACCUCAGCUCGUGGAUCUCUGGCACAAAAAACUACAGUGUUGCACGACGACCUGAUCUGGGUGACUGGGCUACCUCAACUCGUACGCGAAAUAUUAGGGCUGCUCAAGUUUGGACGUCGAGGCCUUUAGAUGCAUCCGUGAAGGAUGGCCACCGGGCUACGAUCCGCGAUCUGGAAGUGAGGAGAGAAGCGAUUGAGGCGGAGAUGAAUGGACAGCGAUCUGAACUCGAAGGCCUCCGAGCUCAAAACGAGCGGGCAAAGCGCGAAAUGAAAGAGAAUGAUGAUGAAAAAGCCCAGAAACAAUCCGCUUUCACAAAUUAUCGUGGCAUUCCUGCGAAACUGGCUCAACAAGAGACUAAGUUGAAAAGCCAGAUGAAGCUUUUCGAGGAAAUACGGGAGCGUGUCACGGAAAUCCGUGCUCGACAAGAUGAAGUAGCACUGAGGAAAGCAGAGGCCGUCGUAGCCUAUGCCGAUGCGGUCGAGAAGUUCCGUGAGGCCCAUGAGGAGCUGAUCAAACAUUCAGUGAGGUAUCUUGAAGCAAUGUCGGACUUGCAAACCCUCAGAUCCCGAAAUAGCGAGCAUGGAAAGCUGCUGCAGGAGAAGUCCCUCCAGAUGCAGCAGGCUCAAAAAGAAUAUCAAGAAGCACGAACCAAGGGCAAAUUGAUUCGAUCGGCGGGAAAUCGCAUCAGGGACGAUGUCCAGACCAGACCUGAAUGCGCGGAGAUCUGGGCAGAAGUCACUCGGCCGGAUUACAACAGUGACGACCUAAAUGCCGACAUUGACUCGGCAAAGGCACAUUUGGAACUGACUCAGGGUGGCAGUGCAAACAUGAUCCAAGAGUUUGAAGAGCGGGAGCGGAAAAUCGAAAGAUUGCGCGAGAAGCUCACCAGUUUCCAAGAGCAAUUGGACGGUUGCCAGGCAGCUAUCAACGAAGUUCGUCAACGUUGGGAACCCAGGUUAGACGCCCUCAUCGUCAAGAUCAGCGAGGCCUUUUCAGACUCCUUCAGGCGGAUUGGAUGCGCAGGACAGGUGAGCCUAGACAAAGUCGAAGCCGAAGCUGGGCCAAAUGGUGAGCCCGGUGGCAGCGAAUUCCAGGAAUGGUCAAUCCUGAUUCACGUCAAGUUCCGUGAAAUUGAGGAACUGUCCGUCCUAAACUCUCAUCGGCAAUCUGGUGGCGAGCGAGCCGUGAGCACCAUCUUCUACCUCAUGGCGCUCCAAUCUCUCUCGGCGUCACCAUUCCGCGUUGUGGACGAGAUCAAUCAGGGAAUGGAUCCAAGAAACGAAAGAAUGGUUCAUGGUCGUUUGGUAGACAUUGCUUGCGCAUCAGAAGAAGGCACCGACGAGGAAGGAAACUCUGUCGGCGGUGGUGGAGGCGGCCAGUACUUCCUGAUCACACCGAAACUCCUCACUGGACUCACUUAUAAGCCUGGCAUGAGAGUCCUCUGCAUUUGGAGUGGUGAGCAUGUCCCUGAGGACGCUAACAAGCUUAACAUGUCCAUGGCAAUCCGCACGAUGAAGAAAAUUACAAGAGCGCGCCAGGCCAAAGCUGCGGCUAUGGGGAGCCAGCAGAGGAGUCAAGUUGAUAUUACUGCUUAA